UUAGAAUCCGAAGACACAAAUGCUGCCUGUGUCUCUGGUAAUGGCGAAAUAUCAAUCAACUUUGAUGAGGAAGCAGCAAGUGACGAAAGCGAGAAUCAAAUUUCCACUGGUCAGUUAAACGAGUAUGAAUCAUUGCUUAAUACCGUAAGAAGCCUUGAGGCGAAGUUGGAAAGUAGGAUAAAUGAUCUCGCAAGCGAAGUACACGAGACUAGACUAGAAUUACAUGUCGAGAAAAUUGCGCGAGGGAACCUAGAAGCUGAAUACACAGAACUUGCAAGCGAAGCUCUGGAAAUAAGAUCAGAAUUAGAUAUCAGGAACCUCACAAGAGACGAGAACGAAAACAUCAAGUCUCGUGACGAAUCAAUAUCUACGGUUUUUAAUAAGGGAUUUCUCGUUAAAGAGAACGCUAGUCUUACGGAUGAAAAUGCUUUACUUAAACAGCAGAUUAACAACUACAAAUGUAUUACAUUGGACUUGAGAACAAAGGUCAAAGAUUUAGAAAAUGAAAAAGACAGCUUGGUCACCGUCAUUCAAAUUCUACAUGAUGAUCAAAAUCAACAUACUUGUCAUGCUAAUAAAUCUAUAGCGUCUUGGAAUGUUGUAAACAAUCAUAAAAGGUCUAAGAUUGGCCGUGGUUCCUCAAAGAAUUAUUCUACAAUUGGUCCCAGUGGUGACAUCAGGGACAAAGAUGGUGCAACUCGGAUAAAAAAUCAAUAUAUAGUCUUGAGUGAUGAUAUCGACAACAGUGAAGCUAGUGAGGACGACAGCGUCAUCUUAAAGUCUACACAGGCUCCCCAGAAUAAAGAAAUCCAGGACACUAGCAAAGAACGACCCAAAGAUCCAAAACAUGGCUGUGUUGCUGCAAGUGACAGUGAAACCGAUCAUGCAUCAACGGCGCAACGAGAAAUUGGAAAAAGAACUACGAAGCAGAUUAUUCAGGAACAAAAGCAUAAGAAGAAUAGAAUAAGAAACAAAAGGUGAAGAAUAACGAACAAAAGGCAAAGGAAAACGAGCAAACAAGAGAAGCGCAUAAGGCAAGUGAGGAAAUAACAGCAGAAAGACAACGCACUAAAGAAACUGUCGUUAUAGCUGGAGAUUCGAUUAUAAAAUAUGUAAAAGGUUGGGAAGUAUCCAACACUGACAGAAACGUAAUAGUUAAGUCUUUCUCAGGUGCAACAGUUAAUGAUAUGUCUGAUUUCUUAAAGCCCACUGCACGAAAGCAACCCGAUAAACUCAUUAUCCACGCAGGCACAAACGACAUACGCUAUUCAAGUCCUAAAGAAAUUGCAAAGAAAAUUAUCGAGUUAGCAGAGAAUUUUAAAAAGGAUUGCAAUGAUACUGAAGUCAUCAUCUCUUCUUUAGUCACUAGAUGCGAUAGAGAGGAACUUACAAGGAAGGUAAAUGAGACCAACAAUAUAUUAAAGUCAAGCUGCUUGAAGAAAAAGCUUGCAUUUUUAGACAAUAGUAAUAUUAGUCGCUCUCAUUUAAAUAGUAGAGGACUGCAUUUAAACCGAGAAGGUAGCUCUUUGCUUCAGGCAAACUUUUCACAUUUCUUAAGUUUGCAUAAUUGAAAUGAGGACGGGUCGAGGAGGAGUGCUAAUGAUGCCUGUUUAAAUAUUCCGAAAACAAGGGGUUUUAAGAUGGCUAUGCUUAAUGUAGUUAGCCUUCCGAAACACCUUGAUGAAAUCCGAUUAUUACUUCACGAUAAAUAUUUAGAUGUUUUAGCAGUUAAUGAAACCCGUUUGCACUCCACUAUUUCCGAUGGGAUUGUUAGCAUUUAAGGUUAUGACUUGCUACGUGCUGAUCGGAAUAGAAAUGGAGGAGGGGUAUGUAUUUAUAUAAGACGCCAUAUAAAUUAUGAAAAUCGCCCUGAUCUAGUUCAAUCAGGCCUUGAAGCUGUCUGUGUGGAAAUUAAGCAGGCUAAUAGUCAAUCUUUUAUAGUUUCAAGUAUUUAUAGACCACCAUGUUCCGCUAGUGAAGUGUUUAUAAAAAUUGAGAGGCUAAUCAAAUCAAUUGAUGAUGAAAAUAUAGAAUUUUAUAUUUUGGGAGAUUUAAAUUGUAAUAUGCUAGAACCAACUUUGUCCACCACUAGAAGGCUUCAAGACGUUUUGGAAUUAUAUCAGCUUACACAAUUAAUUAAUAACCCUACGCGUAUUACCCAGUCUAGCCAAUCAUUAUUGGAUGUAGUAAUUGCGUCAAUGCCUGGAAAAAUAAUUUUUUCAGGUGUAGUCCAUCUCGGAAUUAGUGAUCACAGCCUCAUUUAUAGUAUUCGGAAAAUAAGUACAAGAAUAAAAACUGAUUUACAAGGUUCUGUCGAGUAUAGAAAUUUUAAGAAUUUCAAUGUUUCAGGCUUUCUAUAUGACUUACAAAAUAUACCUUGGGAAGAAAUAAGAUUUAAAAGAAAUGUAGAUGAAAUGUGGCGGUUAUGAAAACAUUUUUUGUAGAUGUGCUGGAUAAACAUGCCCCUGUGAGAGUAAAAAGAUUAAGAAAAGGGGGCAAUAUUCCUUGGGUAAGCCGGGAAGUAAAGGAAAAAUUAUUUAAAAGAGAUGCUCUUAAGCGUAAAGCAAUAAAGACAAAUAAAGAAGAAGACUGGAGACUAUAUAAGUCAUCUAGAAAUGUUGCCAACACUGCUUUGCGCAGUGCGAAAAGAGAUUAUUAUGCAAACAAAUUCACAAAUAAUAAACAGAAUCCUAAAUAUGCUUGGAGAACAAUAAACGAUAUAUUAGGUCGAAACAGAAAACAGACUACGAUUAAUGAAAUUAAACUUCCAGGUAAAACUGUUACAUCGACCGACGAAUUAGUCGACAUUUUUAAUGAUCAUUUUAGUAAUAUUGGCCCAAAGCUUGCUGAGUCUAUUCCAAAUGACAAUGACGUUAGUUUUCGGGAUUUUAUUACUCAACAAAAAUCUAAGACAAAGAACAGUUUCUCAUUUCGACCAGUGAGUGUAACAUUGGUUUACACUCUUCUAGUUAAUUUGUCUACCACUAAAGCGACUGGAAUGGAUAAAAUUUCAGCUAAAAUUCUACAAGUAGCAGCUCCAGUUAUUGCACCUUCUCUUACUGAGAUUUUUAAUAUGUCAAUUGACUCGGACCAAUUUCCUUCUGGUUGGAAAGCUGCAAGGGUUAUUCCAUUGUUUAAGAAAGGUCAGCGGUCCAUGUUGGACAACUAUAGACCGAUAUCAAUCCUUCCUGUAGUAAGUAAACUUAUGGAAAGAAUUAUGUAUGAUCAAAUGUAUGAGUAUCUUAACCAGAAUAAUCUUUUCUCAAAACACCAAUUUGGUUUCAGACCUUAUAUCAUUCCACAACUACUACAUUAUUGUAUUGUACGAACGAAUGGUAUACCAACAUGGACCGUGGGCUGUAUAACUUAG